AUGCCGCCAAGGAGACGCCCCCAGUUCACACAGGAGAACAUUGACCAACAGCUGCAACAAAUACAUCUCCUCGAUCCUUCAUCUUCCUCAGAGAACCUUGAGCAGUUAGGGCCAAUAAUCAAGCAGAUUCAUCAGAACCGUCAGCAAGACGCUUACCUGCGGACACUCCAGACACUCAUCGACGGGAAGGACGCCGAAAUUGAAGCAAUAUGCGGAGACAACUACCAGGAUUUCAUCUCUUCUGUGUCUAAUAUGUUCACUCUCAAGUCGUACACGACCAAUCUCAGGGACAAGAUUACCACUCUCGAUUCUAGCGUCUCUCAGGUCGGCCGCGGUCUUGCAGAGAAGAAGCGGGCGCUCUUGCAGUCCAAGAAGACUGCAGCUAACCUCGACGAGGCCAUCGAUAAUCUCCAGGCCUGCUUGCGCGUGCUUGACGUCGUGGAUCGGGUUGGGGACAUGGUGAAGGAGGCUAAAUAUUGGAGCGCACUGAGGUCUCUGGAAGACAUUCAAACGAUGCCUCCGACGUCGUUGUCGCAGACGCCCCUAUUCCAGCACCUUCUCACAUCGUUGCCGUCGUUGCGAGGUCAGAUCAAGGAUGCCGUGACGGCAUCUACUAAGCAGUGGUUGCUUGAGAUCCGAAAUAUCAGCGCCCAGGUAGGCAGGAGCGCGCUCGAAGCCAUGGAGUAUCGAACAAAGCGGUGGAAAUCGCGCCGAGAGAAAGAUCCUAUGCUGAGAUUGACUCGCGUCGGCAGCGCCGUGGAAACUGUAGCCUUCGAAAAGACAGAAUACAAUGUCCUCGAGAACCUUCAGGUUGACUUCAAGCCGCUGUACCAAAGUAUCCACAUAUACACUACCCUAGACUCCAUCGACGAAUUGCGGAAGUCGUAUCAAGCAGACCGAAAGGCGCAAUCAGAUUUAAUUCUGCCCAGUCCUCUCCAGCUAUCCCAACUGGUCCCACUUACCGAAGAAGUGACUGGUUUCUUCAUCGUCGAAGCUCAUGUUUUGAGCACAACGGCAUCGUUCAGGUCAGAGCGCGACGUCGAAGAGUUGUGGGACGCGCUUGUGGCGCGGCUCACUGGUGCCGUGGACUAUGCACUCAAGAAUGAAUCUGACCCGGAAGGAUUCUUACGAGCCAAAGAGGACCUGAUGGCUUUCAUCAUCACCUUGGAGACGUAUUCUUACUCCACCCAAUCGCUUCACUCCUUUGUCCUGCUCCUUUUCGAAAGGUAUGCAAUGAUGCUGGAGAAACAGUUCAGCAAGCGAUUUAAGGACAUUAUGGUCCAAGACGACUAUCUGCCUAUGCACGUUGACACAGCAGUGGAGAAAGAUGCUGUACUCAAGAUGGUAUGGCUGAACAAAGCGGAGCAAGAUCAGCUGGUUCAAGUGCCGACACCGCUCAAUUUCCCGUGGUCCCAGAGUUUCUACCUCUGCUCUCAGGAUAUUCGAAGCUUCGUGCAACGUUUCUACCAGUUCAUCGAGGGGGUCUCGCAACAUCACCGAAAUGUUGACGAGUUGUUAAGCAAAUCCCUAGAUACUAUCCUCUCUAAUCAUGUCAGUGACAGCAUUGGAGACCGUCUGGCCAAAACGUCCACCCUUUCACAAGUGGCACAAAUCGUCACCAACCUUGAACACUUCGAAGUUGCAUGCUCAGAGCUGGAACGCUCCCUGACCAGUCUUCGCUCUGUCCAAAGAGGCGGCACCAUCCGCCUCACGGCUGCUCCCUCCUUCGCAAACACGCUCACGCGCGCCCUGGCGCGCAUCAGCGAGCUCAUCACGUCCAAGCUGGACGACUUUUUCGAGCUAUCCGAGUACGACUGGACGCCAGCCGCGCGCGAGGACGCACCGAGCAUGUACCUCUACGAGCUCGUCAACUGGCUCACGACCGUCGUCGACUCGCUGGUCAUCAAAGAGACGUACAAAGAGGACGCCUAUCGCGGCGCCGUGUCCUACAUCGCGCAGUGCUUGAUGGACUUCUUGACGGAUCGCAACAUUCCGAUGAUGAACGAGAAUGCGAUCUCCAACAUCCUCAUCGACGUCGAGUUCCUAGAAGACCAGUUCAAGACCAGCGGGCGUUCGCACCUGAUCACCGUCUUCGGCGAGCUGCGCUCCACGACAUCUAUCGUCCUCACCAACACCGUUUCGGAAUACCUCGUCCCCGCGAACCGCCAAGCUUCCUACAGCAACGUCAGGCCGAAACGCCUCCAAGCGCUCUUGGAGAAGCUCGCCAAAUACGGGGGUUCGUGCAGAGACAACCGGUCGAGAGAGUUGGGCGAGAAGCGCAGGAAGGAAGCCGAUGCGGUGGGGCGUCUGUUCCCUGGAGAAAGUCGGUAGCCUUCGAGAUCGUGCGGACUGACCUUGGACUGUUUUUUUUGUACUGCACGUUCCGUGUCAAUUGUUGAUGCCAACCCGUGAGGCUGCAUGUAAGCCCUCGAAGGAAUACGCGUCUUCGAUUUUAUAGAAAUCAUUGGGCCGCGGUACAG